AUGGCCGCCUCUAAACCGCUCCACUUCCGAGAGACGAUGCCGGUGAAGAACACACUCUGGAGGGCCGCGGAUCUCCUGAUCCUCUCUCUCCUCACCGCCCUCCUCUGUUGCCGCCUAAUCUCGACGCGCCGCCGUGAAGCUCUGUGGAUCGUAGCUUUUCUGUGCGAGGCCUGGUUCACCUUUGUCUGGCUUCUGCACAUUAACUCCAAAUGGAACCCCGUGAGGCAGAUAACCUACCCAGAGCGCCUCUCCAAGAGGUAAUCCGCCAUAGACCCUCUUCUCUUCUUGCUCCCCCCUCGGGAAAUUUAGGGUUUCGAGGGAAUUCCAGGUGGGAGGACCUGCCGGCUGUGGACAUGUUCCUCACCACGGCGAACCCCGAGCUCGAGCCGCCCAUGAUCACCGUGAACACGGUGCUGUCACUGCUGGCGGUAGACUACCCGCCUCACAAGCUCGCCUGCUACGUCUCCGACGACGGCUUCUCGGCCGCCACCUACCGCGCUAUGGUGGAGGCUUCGGAGUUCGCUAGGUCGUGGGUUCCCUUCUGCAAGAAGUACGCCGUCCAAGUUCGAGCUCCCCUCCACUACUUCUUCGGCGAGCCGGAGCCCUCCCCGUCGAUCUCUCCCGAUUUCCUCCAUGACUGGGAAGCAAUGAAGGUAAGCUCCGAUCAUCCCCCAAAUCCUCCUGGGGAGAACUCAUCGUCCGCAGCUCUGAUCUCAACCUCCAGCGCAUGUACCGAGAACUGGAGAGAAGAGUAGAGGAAGCUCAUCUGAGAGGCGACACUGAGCCGAUCUUCUCCCAAUUCGACCGGGAGAACCAUCCCAGCGUGAUUAAGGUCAGAAUUGUGUUCAAUUUACAUUAAAGUAUGUAGAUGCACACCCUAAUUGUGCUCAGAUCUACGUUUGGAGCAGGCCAUAUGGGAGAACAAGGGCGAUCCGGCAGAUGGCGUCCCUCAUCUGUUCUAUGUGGCGAGGGAAAAAAAUCCAAACCAUCACCAUCACUUCAAGGGUGGAGCUAUGAACGUCCUGGUAAGGUUCCCCUUUGAAGAGUGGAGCCAUGAAUAUCUGACUCUGUAGGAUUGAUGGUCUGGAUGGGAACCGCCCAGCUCGGGCCCUGGUUUCUCAAGCCCAGCCUCGAGUUCGUUGAUUCCCUCUGCAAGGUGUGAACUUGAUCUGUUCCCGGUAGAGAAACUCGGAAAGUAGGUUGUGGGUCGGACCUGUAAGAAACUCUAGCCAUUAUUCCUAACCACUCACCCUCUAGAGAGAGAGAGAGAGAGAGAGAGAGAGCGAUAAAGUUCAUGAGAUAGUCAACAGCUAGAAGAAACACGUUUAGAACUUCUGGGUUUCGGGAUCGGAUGCAAUUGAAAUCUUGAUUGUUUUUCAUGCAAUAUUUGACACAUUGUUCACGCAUCAGGGAGUUAUGUGGGGCAAGAACUCUUUUUAUGGAGUCAAUUACGUUAUUACUGGCACAUUUUUUGCAAAACUAGUUAGUUUGAAAAUUGGCGUAGAUUCUUUGAAGUUUUGACUGUAUUUACCAUUUUCGUCAAAAUGUUUCUGUCGUUGACUUACCAUGAAUUGGAUUUUGGAAAAAAUAUAUUACAAACUCUGUUAUCUUUAAUUAAAUUCAUUUAGUUAUUUUGGAAAUUUCUUCAAAAUUUGUAAAAUUAAACUUUUUUUUAGUAAGGCUACUUUGAAGAAAGAUUCCUAAAUACUAUUUUUUGCCUCUGUACUUUCCUAUAAAAAAAAACUAAUUUUGGAGCUACACUUUUGUUAACAAUACCAUUAAAUUAAUUAAUGAAAAUGCCCCAAUUUUUCUUCUUCCUCACUCAUUGUGUAUGUAUGACUUCCCGAACCCAGACCAGGGUCUCCGGAGUGAUAACCAACGCGCCCUUCAUGGUCAACGUUGACUGUGACAUGUUUGUCAACAACCCGGCCGUCAUCCUCCACGCGAUGUGCCUCCUCCUCGGCUUUGACAUGGACAAGAUGAGCGGCUUUGUCCAGUGCCCCCAGCGCUUCCACAGCCCCCCCAAGGACGACCCCUUCGGCAACCAGAUGACCGUCCUCAAUCACGUACGCCGCCCCCUCCUCCUUCCUCCUCCUCCUCCCUCCUCCUCCUUCUCCUUCUUCUUCCUCUCCUUCUCCUCUUCCACCACCACCACCACCAUCUCCUCCUCCGCCCGUGGGAACACUAAACCUCAAUCUCGGCGCUUCCAUGUUUCUCGUCUCGCAGUUCUUGGGGAGGGGGAUGGAAGGGCUCCAGGGACCUUUCUAUUACGGAACGGGCUGCUUUCACCGGCGGAACGCCAUCUACGGCGAGGCCCCAGACGACCCUCCGCCGGCGAAGCCCUCGUCGGCAGACCUCCGCGGAAGAUUCGGCCGCUCGCGGCGGCUUCAGUCAUCCGCGGCGGACAUCAUCUCCGGCCUCCGCAAGACCUCCCUCGCCAUCGACGACCUCGCCGCCUCCAUGCACGCCGCAGUGGACGUCUCCAGCUGCUCUUAUGAGCUCCAUUCUCUGUGGGGCGACGAGGUGAAUUCCCACGUGCUAACCACCCCCCCCUCCACACGUGCAGUCCUCAUCCUCUUAAUGGGAUGCAGGUCGGGUGGGCCUACGGGUCCGCCACUGAAGACAUCCAGACCGGUCUCCGGAUCCACGCCAAGGGCUGGCGGUCCGUCACACUGAACCCACAGCCUCCGGCAUUCUUGGGGAUCGCGCCGUCAGGUGGGCCCGCCACCCUUACCCAGAUAAAACGCUGGGCCACCGGUGUCCUCGAGAACCUCGUGGGUCAACACAGCCCGUUGCUCGCGGCGGUCAAUGGGAAGCUGGGCCGCCGCCAGUGCCUGGCCUACCUGCUGCUCAACCUCUGGGCCGCACGCUCCCUCCCCGAGCUCUGCUAUGCCCUGUUGACUCCCUUCUCCGUCGUGGCGAACACCUCCUUCCUCCCCGCCGUAAGUAAGAGAUUGAGAUAGGAGCGUUGACCUUAAGGUGAAGAGUUGACCGGCGGCGGUUUUGUGCCAUGUAGGGACUGGCGGGGGUGGUUCCAGCGGCCAUCUUCGCCAUUUACAACGUGUACACGGUGGCGGAGUACCUCGCAGUCGGAGAGUCACUGAGGUCGUGGUGGAACAACCAACGGAUGAGGCGGAUCACGGCGGCAACGGCAUAUCUCUUCGGGCUGCUGAGUGUGGUGGCAAAGCUCGUUGGCUUGUCAGAAGCCGCCUUCGAGAUCACAAAGAAGGAGGUCAACGCACCGGCUGCGGCCGUCAACACGGGAGGGUUUACCUUCGACGCCUCCCCGCUGUUUGUCCCCGCCACCGCUGUCGCGCUUCUGAACUCAGCGGCACUGGCGGCGGGCACGUGGAGGAUGCUCUGGGCCGCACCCGACGGAGGUGGGCCAGGAUUGGGGGAGUUGGCGUGUGCCACGUGGGCUGUCCUCAGCUACUCCCCCUUCAUUGUGGGUCUCUUCCGUAGGGCCCAAUAUGGGCUUCCUAGGCCCACGGUCGUGAAGGCUUCAGUUUUGAGCUUUCUCUUUGUGCUUUUAAGCAAAUUGGCAUCCUCCUAG